CUCUUGUUUCUUCCAGAACUACAAAGGUGUUCACGCGACCUCAACAGAAUCGGACAUCUGGCGAAACAGGAAAAUUUAUACCGGACGCUUUCUGUAUCUCGGCGCAUGUACAUCUAUGAUCGUGCAACCCGCUGGAAAAACAUCUCGAAGCGUGGCAAAUUUGAUGUCCCGGAUAUGUAGAUAUCAUUCCGCAAUUUCUGCCCAGUGCGGGGAACGUAUGUUCGAAACUGGGGAAGCAAGGGGAAGCGGGGUGUCGGACAUGCUAGAAAGAGGAAACGGGUUGCGGCACCGAAUUUUGGUCAAGCUACAAAAGGCCCCCGUCUCUCCCACUUCUUCCCCUGCUUCUUGCCCCUCUCUAGCGGCAAUUAUCUUCUCCUUUGAACAUAUCGUGACAAUAUGGUAUCUGUUUCCGGGAAACCAGAGCAAGAAUGGCAGGAGGAAUUUGCCAACACCGUGUACGAGCCUGGAAGCGAGGUCGAGAAAAGACUCGUACGGAAGAUUGAUAGACACAUUGUUCCGACAGUUUGGGUGUUGUACACACUAUCAUACCUUGACGGCGCCAACAUCGGAAAUGCGAAGAGUGGAGGGAUGGAAGAAGCCCUGAACCUGACAUCCAACCAGUACUCGAUAAUAUUACUGGUGUUCUUCAUCUCAUAUGUUAUCUUUGAAGUUCCAGCAAAUAUGUUCCUUACACGCGUGAGACCCUCUUACUACUUGUCAGGCCUUUGUUUUGUCUGGGGCGCUGUCGCAGCUUGUAUGGCGGCAGCAAGCAACUAUCGACAGCUUGCUGGUGUCCGGUUCUGCCUAGGUAUCAUCGAGGCGGGCUUCGCUCCCGGCAUUGCGUUCUACCUUAGCUCAUGGUAUAAGAGGCACGAGCUAGCCAAGAGGUUCGCCAUUUAUUAUACGGCAACUGCUGUUUCCGGUGCCUUCUCUGGUCUCCUUGCUGGAGUUAUAACAGACAAUCUAGACGGUGCCCGAGGGAUUGAUGGCUGGAAAUGGCUUCUCCUUAUUGAGGGAGUGGCCUCUUCCUUUGUUGCUUGUUUUACCUGGAUGAUUCUCCCUGACUGGCCCAGUACGACAAAAUGGUUGACUCCUGAGGAGAGGUUCAUUGCAAUCCAACGUCUUGCGUAUGAGGGUAUUGGCAACACUGCGAUCGGUGGAUCAGAUUCCCCAUCGCACAAGGAGGCAUUCUACCUGGCUAUCAAUGACUGGCGCACGUGGGCUUUAUCUUUCAUGUAUAUGCUUGCGACCGGCGCACAGACAAUCCAGUAUUUUAUUCCUUCACUUGUCGGGCAACUCGGGUACACCGGCUACACGAAGCAGUACAUGACUAUCCCAAUAUACAUGGUAGCGCUGGUUGGUAUCGUGUUCUUCUGUUUUCUCUCCGACAUUAGGAAGGAGCGAGGCAACUACGUGGCGAUUACUUCACUGAUCGCCGGUAUAUCAUUCAUAAUUACGGUGGCAGUCGAUAACCAUAAAGUGAAGUAUGCUUUCCUGUGCUUUGCUGUCGCCGGUGUGUAUGCUGCCUGUCCGCUGACAUUACUAUGGGUAUCGGGUAUUAUCGAUCAUCCUGCGGAGAAAAGAGCAGCGGCUAUUGCCAUCGUGAAUGGACUGAGUAACUCUGCGUCGAUAUACGGGUCAUUUUUGUGGCCUAGCAACACGGGAUCUCGAUAUGUUCAAGGAUUUGCUACAACCACCGCUUUUGUCUUGACUCUUUCUGUUUCUGCACAGAUCUUGAAAGUUUUGUUGAAAAGAUAUCCAUCCAAAGGCCUUAACGAUGACCUAGCAGGAAGUAAGGACGUUGAGGGCGUCGACGCCUGAUGCUUUAGUGUACAAUAUAGCGAUACCUCCGAAUGCUCGCGUACCAAAAGAGGCAUUCAUAUUUUACAGUAUCGCCAUCCAUAAUUGCGACUCCCCAUUCUACGAUUUAUGUAUUUAGUGUUCACGCGAUGGAUUACCUCCCAAACUUCACUUUGAUAAUGUCACAAACUACCUCGA